CGGCGUGACAGCUUUUCCAAUCGUUCCAUCACCAAAAUAAUAGUUUCUCGUGGGCAUCCAGAAUUUGGCUGGAUUUUUAACCCUUUUUGCCACGUAAAUUGAAUUAGAAGUAGCGCACGAUCCCGGCAAGAUGAUAAUCUACACGAACGAGGGCAAUCCGCUGGGACUGCAGCUGCUGAUGCUGGCCAAGUUCGCCAAGCGACCGGUGCAGGUGCAGCUGGUUAACCUAAAUGACGCCAAGUUCAAGGACUUGCUGGUGCUACCCACUUUGGAGCUGGACAACGGACUGCGCCUCUUCUCACCGGCGGCCAUUGCCAAGUACCUUCUCGUGGACGAGGGGCAGCGGCGCGAUGAGUGGCUGGAAUGGUCUGCCACGUUGCUCGCUCCGGCUUUGGCCCACCACAUGGCCGUGGGUCACAAGGCGGAUCCCAACGCACUGCCAGUGCUGAAUGCCCUGGUCAAGAAACUGGACGACAGCUUAAAAUCCUCGCCCUUUCUUGCUGGCGACAAACUCACUUCCGCCGACAUCGCCGUGUGGUCGCUCCUGGCUCCGGAUGGCACGCUAAAAGGCGCCCAGAACGUGGACAGCUUGAGGGAUUGGUAUGGCAGGGUGAAGGCCCUUCCCGAGGUGCAGCAGGUUCUGAACGAACAGCCGCUGAAGGACCUCACCUUCAAUGCGCUGCAGCAGUCCAAUCGGUAUGGAGGAUUACAUCAUGUCCCGCUGAAACGUCUCAGCCUGGCGGAUGCGGGCAAACUGCUGGUGGAUACCACCCCCACGGUGGCAGACACAGUUACUGACGAGGAGAUCAGUGCGGCACAGGCUGCCUUUACUUACACAGCUCCCAAGGAACUUAAGGAGGAGCGCACUGUUCUUCCCAAAGCUGGAGAACGCAACGUGCUCAUCACUUCGGCUCUUCCCUACGUCAACAAUGUGCCACAUUUGGGCAACAUCAUUGGCUGUGUGCUGUCUGCUGAUAUCUAUGCUCGAUACUCGCGUUCCGCUGGAUACAACACACUCCUGAUUUGUGGCACGGAUGAGUACGGCACCGCCACGGAGAACAAGGCCUUGGCCGAGAACCUCACUCCUCGAGAGAUCUGCGACAAGUACUUUGAACUACACAACGCCAUCUACCGCUGGUUCGGCAUAGGCUUUGAUUAUUUUGGACGCACCACAACCCAGGAGCAAACAGACAUUGUACAGGAGGCGUUCCAAGAUGUCCUCAAAGCUGGCUACAUCAUUACAGAGAGCGUAGAGCAGCUGCUUUGCCAGAAGUGCGACCGGUUCCUAGCAGAUCGAUUUGUGGAGGGCACCUGCCCACAUCCUGGCUGUGGCUAUGAGGAUGCCCGUGGCGAUCAGUGCGACAAGUGCGGCAAGCUGGUGAAUGCCACGGAGCUGAUCCGUCCCAGGUGUAAGGUGUGCAACAGCGCCCCUGUGCUGCGAUCCUCCGAUCAGUUGUUUAUCGAUCUGCCUAAAGCGGAAGCACAGCUCAAAGAAUGGGUGGACAAGUCGGAGGGAGGAUGGACGCACAACGCCAAGGUGAUCACAAGGGCAUGGCUGAAGGAGGGUCUGAAGCCGCGCUGCAUCACCCGCGACUUGAAGUGGGGUAUCCCCGUGCCGCACGAGGGCUUCGAAAAGAAGGUCUUCUACGUGUGGUUCGAUGCUCCAUUUGGCUACGUGUCCAUGACCAAGCGCUACACCAAGGAGUACCAGCAGUGGUGGCAGCCAGCCAAGGGCACAGAUGUAGAGCUCUUCCAGUUCAUGGCCAAGGACAAUGUGCCCUUCCACUCUGUAGUGUGGCCCAGUGUCCUGCUCGCUAUCAACAAGGGUCACACCCUGGUCUCACACAUCAUGGCCACCGAGUAUCUGAACUACGAGGACGGCAAGUUCAGCAAGAGUCGUGGUAUUGGUGUCUUUGGCAACGAUGCUCAGGAGACUGGCAUUCCAGCUGAUGUAUGGCGUUUCUAUUUGGCCUCCGCCCGACCCGAAGGUCAGGACUCCAGCUUCAGUUGGAACGAUCUGGCUGCCCGCAACAACUCCGAGCUGCUGAAUAACUUAGGAAACUUUGUGAACCGCGCUUUGGUCUUCUGCGAAAAGAACUUCGAAAGCACUGUUCCUGAAGUGGCCACCACUCAAGAUGAGCUUGUGCUGCUGGCUUUGAUUAACCGCGAACUGCGUGGUUAUAUUAACUCCCUGGAGAAAGCCAAGCUGCGCGAUGGCAUUCGACAUCUGCUGGCUAUUUCCCGACAUGGCAAUGGCUACAUGCAAACUCAGCAGCCGUGGGUGCUGCUGAAGGGCACCGAUGAUCAAAAGAAGCGAGCAUCCACCAUUAUUGGUCUUUGUGUCAACAUCGCCUGCCUCUUGGCGAAUCUCCUCUUCCCUUACAUGCCAUCUACGGCUAGGACUCUGUUCGGUCAGCUCAAUGCCAAGCAGACGCCGCUGAAUGCAGAGAAGCCGCUUGCCACUUUGCUUCUCCGUGCUGGUCACAAAAUCGGAAAACCGGCUCCACUCUUUGCCAAACUGGAGCAGUCCUUCAUUGACGAGCUCAAGAGCAAGUACGGCGGAGCUCAGGAGACAAAGUCUGCUGCCCAGAGUCAAACCAGCGCUGCAGAAUUGGAGCAAGCUGUGCAGGCUCAGGCGGAUAAAGUGCGUGAGCUGAAGGCAAGCACCAAGGACAAGGCUGUGUGGCAACCGGAGGUGACCAAAUUGCUGGCCCUCAAGAAACAACUGGAAGAGGCUAAGAAGACUGCGCCUGCUGCCACCCCUGCUGCCGCUCCUGCUCCCUCUAAUGGCUCACAAUCAGUCCAAGACUUGGAGAAGGCUAUCCAGGAGCAGGGCGACAAAGUGCGAAAGCUCAAGGGAAGCACAAAAGACAAAGCCGUGUGGCAGCCAGAGGUAAAUGUGCUGCUAGACCUCAAGAAACAAUUGGAGGCGGCUCAAAAGGCAGCCAAGGCAGCUCCUGCCGCUGCUGCUUCCGUUCCUUCACCCGCCGCCUCUGCAGACGCUGCCCAGGUCAAAGCGUUGGAAGACAAAAUCGCUCAGCAGGCCGAAAAGGUCAGGACCUUGAAGGCCUCGGGCGAUGCCGCGUUGUGGAAACCCGAAGUUGACAUUCUGUUGGGCCUGAAAAACCAGCUGGCCGCACUGACUGGAAUCCCAGCCGCCGGUGGACAGGGCAAGGGCAAGAAAAAGAAGUAGGCCCUGGACCCUCGCACCUCAUAACUUAUAACGCUGGACAUUUACCUCAACUUUUCUAAUCACGCAUUCGAUGGCAAAUCUUUAGUCACGAACUGGCACAGUUCAAUUCAUCUCUUUUAAGUUAUGCGUUUGCAUUUAACAAACCUUCGUAUUUAUUUGAACUAUGGCUAAAUUAUUGAAUCAGUUAGUAAUUUAUUGAGUUUCUGAAAGAUACAUUAAAACCAUUGACUUUCAAAGGAA